AUGAAGCUCACUACCGAUCUAAUCAACGAGUCGCCUUCCCAUAUCAACCCUCUCAAGGAUCGUGAGCUUGUACUCCGAGAUUUGAAGAUUCCCGUGAUUGAAAACCUCGGUGCGACCAAGGAUCUAAACGACGCGAUCGACUUUACCAACAAUGACUUGCGCGUGUUGGGCAACUUUCCUCGACUCAUUCGUUUGCAACACUUGUACUUGAGCAACAACCGUAUCCAUCAUAUCGACUCCCAUAUGCACGAGUUUGUCCCCAACCUUACGACUCUCAUCCUCAAUAAUAACGCUAUCGGUGAGCUUGGUGAUCUGGAAGCAUUGGCCAACUUUAAGCGUUUGACGUACUUGAGCUUGUUGGAUAACCCCGUGACCAAGAAGCAAUACUAUCGCCUUUAUUUGAUUCACAAGUUGCCCAAGCUUCGUGUCAUUGAUUUUGUAAAGAUCAAGCAGGCUGAACGAGAGGAAGCUGCUCAGCUUUUCCAAACAGAAGAUGGCAAGGACAAUGCAUUGGCUCAAUCCAUCGCAGAUACAAAGACAAAGACUUUUGAAGUUGGCAGUGCCCUGAACCAGAAUGGACAAGGAGCAGGUGGUACGCGUCUUACCCAAGAAGAGCAAUUAAAGAUCAAGGAAGCUUUGAAGCAAGCUACGUCGUUGGAUGAGAUUUCACGGUUAGAACGGCUUCUCAAGGCUGGUCAGAUACCAAAGUAG